GGGAACAGGCGUGCGCCUCGCGGAGGAGGCCGAGCAUCCUCCACCGCCGCUCAGCCCCGGCCUCCGCCGCCGCCUGCUCCCGGGCGCGCGCGGGGUGGGCGGGGUCGCGCCUGGUCCCUGCACCUGCACCUGCACCUGCCCUUCAUGGCCACCGUCGGGGCGGGCGCGCGGGGCACCUUUGGAGCCUGGGACUAUGGGGUCUUCGCGCUCAUGCUCCUCGUGUCCAUGGGCAUCGGGCUGUGGGUGGGGCUGGCGGGGGGCGGACAGCGCAGCGCGGAGGACUUCUUCACGGGGGGCCGGCGCCUGGCCGCCCUGCCCGUCGGCCUCUCGCUGGCCGCCAGUUUCAUGUCGGCCGUGCAGGUGCUGGGCGUCCCCGCGGAGGCCUACCGCUACGGCCUCAAGUUCCUCUGGAUGUGCCUGGGCCAGCUGCUCAACUCCCUCCUGACCGCUGCCUUCUACCUGCCCGUCUUCUACCGCCUGGGCCUCACCAGCACGUACCAGUACCUGGAGCUCCGUUUCAGCCGGGCGGUGCGGCUCUGUGGGACCCUGCAGUACCUGCUGGCCACAGUGCUAUACACUGGAAUCGUGAUCUACGCCCCUGCACUCAUCCUGAACCAAGUGACCGGGCUGGACAUCUGGGGGUCACUCCUGUCCACUGGAGUCAUCUGCACGUUGUACACCACUGUGGGCGGCAUGAAGGCUGUGAUCUGGACCGAUGUGUUCCAGGUUUUGGUGAUGCUGGCUGGCUUCUGGGUUGUCCUGGUUCGCGGGAUCAUGCUUGUGGGCGGGCCCAGGCAGGUGUUCAAGCUUGCCCAGAACCACUCCCGGAUCAACCUGAUGGACUUUGACCCAGACCCGCGGAGUCGGUACACAUUCUGGACUCUUACGGUGGGCGGCACGUUGGUGUGGCUCUCAAUGUAUGGCGUGAACCAAGCACAGGUGCAGCGCUAUGUGGGUUGCCGCACAGAGAAGCAGGCCAAGCUGGCCCUGCUCAUCAACCAGCUGGGCCUGUUCCUGAUUGUGUCCAGUGCUGUUGCUUGUGGCAUCGUCAUGUUCACACUCUAUAUGGACUGCGACCCCCUCCUCACAGGGCGUAUUUCUGCCCCCGACCAGUACAUGCCCCUGCUCGUGCUGGACAUCUUCAAGGACCUGCCUGGAGUCCCUGGCCUCUUCCUGGCCUGUGCCUACAGUGGCACCCUCAGCACCGCGUCCACCAGCAUCAAUGCCAUGGCGGCGGUCACGGUGGAGGACCUCAUCAAACCGCGGCUGCCCGGCCUGGCGCCCCGCAGGCUCGUCAUCAUCUCCAAGGCGCUCUCGCUCAUUUAUGGCUCGGCCUGCAUCUCCGUGGCGGCUCUGUCUUCACUGCUGGGGGGCGGGGUCCUCCAGGUGAGCCCUCGCCCCGAGAGGCUCAUCACUGUCAUGGGCGUCCUCAGCGGCCCCCUCCUCGGAGCUCUCCCUGGGGAUCUCCUCCCCGCCUGCAACACGCCGGGCGUCCUCUCCGGGCUGCUGGCCGGCUUGAUCGUCUCGCUGUGGGUGGCCGUGGGCGCCACUCUGUACCCGCCCACCGCGAAGGCCAUGGGGGUCCUGCCGUCCUCGGCCGCCGGCUGUGCGGGCCCCGCAGCCAACGCCUCCGGCCUCCCGGGCCCGCUGCUCCUCGCCAACGCCUCCAGCGGCGCCGCCAGAAUGGACCCUGGUCGACCCACCUUGGCUGACAGCUUCUACGCCAUCUCCUAUCUGUACUAUGGUGCCCUGGGCACACUGAGCACCGUGCUAUGUGGAGCCCUCAUCAGCUACCUGACGGGCCCAACCAAGCGCAGUGCCCUGGGUCCUGGUUUGCUGUGGUGGGACCUCACGUCGCAGACAGCAUCAGUGGCUCCCAAGGAAGAAGUGGCCACCCAGGGUGACAGCUUGGUGAAGGGGGCCGAGGAACUGCCUCCCAGCGCCAAGAGGCCGCCUGGCUUCCGGCCCACGAACGAGGACCAGCUGCUCUUCCUGGGGCAGAAGGAGGUGAAUGGAGCUAGCUCUGGCUCCUGGAACCCUGGCAGAGGACGUGAGGGUGGCCGUGACCUGCGGGAGACAGACCUCUGAACCAGCCCAGGACUGGCCACCUGGAGUGGAAACUCAUGGGGCAGCCCCACCUCCAGUCAGCAGUCAGUCAGUCUUAGAUGCUGCACCCCUGCCAGCACCCCCAAAGUGAGGCCGUAUUUUUCCAUACCUACAAUAAAAGAGAUGUUGGAAUCCCCUCUGGAGAACAUGGGAAACUUCCAGGUCCCACCUUAGGGUCGAAGAAAGACCCCAGCUCUUUCUGCGAGGUGCCUGAACCUUAGCAAGGAUUGUGGAGGUCCUCAGGCCCAGACCCCCGGUACCUCAUUUCGCAGGCAGGGGAACGAGACCUGGAGAGGGGCAGGGAGGUGGCCAAGGCCACAGAACAAACCAGAGACACAUUGAGAGGUGGACACCAGCCUUUCCUCCUUCACCUCUUCCUGUUUUCCUCCCUCUGAAGGGUCAGAUGGUACAUGGCCUCUGACCUUGGGAGCAGGGUGGGAGGAGGAAGGAGAAAUAACGUUCCAGCUUUCCUCCUGCGUCUGGACACUUUCCCCAUCUCAUUCAUUGAGAACCGUGAACCCACUUUGCAGAGGAAGAAACGGAAGCUCGGGGAGUUUGCCUGAGACCCCCCAGCAAGGCCAGUCAGGCAGGGACAGGCCUGGGUGCUGCAUGAUGCUCCAUUGAGGACACGGGUGUCCAGGGUCUGAUCCACCCAGCGAGUGCACACCCCUGGCUCUUGGCUGGAGGCGACAUCCACACACAUCCAAUAAACGGACUCGGGCUUGA